AUGACAAAAACUGUACUCACAGGUGUCCUGGGAGCCGCCGUGCUUGCGCUCGGCGCGUCGACCGCAUCGGCGGCAACGCUCGAUGAUGUCAAGGCCAAGGGCUUCGUGCAGUGCGGCGUGAGCCAGGGUCUGCCGGGGUUUUCCAACCCUGACGCCGAUGGCGAAUGGAGCGGCAUGGAUGUCGAUCUGUGCCGGGGCAUCGCCGCGGCGAUCUUCGGCGACGCCACCGCUGUGAAGUUCACGCCGCUGUCGGCCAAGGAGCGUUUCACCGCGCUGCAGUCGGGCGAAGUCGAUGUUCUGUCGCGCAACACGACCUGGACGAUGAGCCGCGACACGCAGCUCGGCCUGAACUUCGCCGGCGUCAACUAUUAUGACGGCCAGGGCUUCAUGAUCCGCACGGACAUGAACAUCAAUUCGGCGCUCGAACUGUCCGGUGCCUCGAUCUGCACCAACACGGGCACGACGACCGAGCUGAACGUGGCCGACUAUUUCCGUGCCAACAACAUGGAGUACGAGCUGGUCGCCUUCGAAAAGGCCGAUGAGGUCGUCGCCGCCUAUGACGCCGGACGCUGCGACGUCUACACGACCGACCAGUCGGGCCUUUAUGCGCAGCGCCUCAAGCUGACCGAUCCCGGCGCCCACAAGGUUCUGCCGGAAAUCAUCUCCAAGGAGCCGCUCGGUCCGGUUGUCCGUCAGGGCGACGACCAGUGGUUCAACAUCGUCAAGUGGGUACAUUUCGCAACGCUGAACGCCGAGGAACUCGGUGUGACGAUGGCCAAUGUCGAGGAGAUGAAGGAAAGCGACAAUCCGUCGAUCCGCCGCCUUCUCGGCACCGAGGGCGAGUUCGGCAGCGAUAUCGGUCUCGAAAACGACUGGGCCGCCAAGGCCAUCGCCGCCGUCGGCAAUUACGGCGAGAUCUUCGACCGCAACGUCGGCCCGGACACCGAGCUGGCGAUCGGACGCGGCGUGAACGCACUGUGGUCGCAGGGCGGCCUGCAAUACGUCCCGACCGGUACCGACGACAAGAGCAAGGCAGGAGGUCGAAUGGCUGUCACGGAUAUGGGGCGCGGGGUCGCCGAUGCACCGCCCAAGGUGGCGCUGCUCAACAAUCCCAAGUUUCGCAGCUGGCUGUUCCAGAUCCUUUUGGGCGUGGCGGUCGCCUAUCUCGUCUACUCGGGCUGGGUGAACAUGAACGCCAACCUGCAGGCGGCCGGCGUCGCCUCGGGCUUCGGGUUCCUUGGCGAAAAUGCCGGCUUCUCCGUUGCGCAGUCGCUGAUCGACUAUGACCAGGGCACAUCAUCCUAUGGACGGGUCUAUGUCGUUGGCGUCCUGAACACGCUCAUCGUCGCCGUCGUCGGGAUCGUUUUCGCGACCGUCAUGGGCUUCCUGCUCGGCAUCGCCCGGCUCUCCAACAACUGGAUCGUCAGCCGCCUUGCCACCUCCUAUGUCGAAUUUGCCCGCAACGUCCCGCUGCUGCUGCAGAUCUUCAUCUGGUAUUUCGGCGUCUUGCGGCUUCUGCCACAGCCGCGCGACAGCCUCGAUUUCGGCCCGCUCGGCCUUCUGAACAUUCGCGGCUAUUUCGCGCCCAAGCCCGUCUGGGGCGAUGGCUCGGCGUUCGUCCUUUACGCGCUCAUCGCCGGCAUCGUCAUCGCGAUCGGCGUAUCGCGCUGGUCGUACCGGCGCCAGAUGGCGACCGGUCAGCGCUUUCCGUCGCUCUGGGUCGGUCUUGGCGCCGCUGUCGGUCUUCCGCUUGUCGUGUUUCUUGCGCUUGGCGCGCCGCUCACCUGGGACAUGCCUGUCCUGGGCGGGUUCCGGCCAUCGGGCGGCAUGACGGUCAUCCCCGAAUUCAUCGCGCUGCUCGUCGCGCUGUCGACCUACACGGCCGCCUUUAUCGCCGAGAUCGUGCGCGCGGGCAUUCUCGGCGUCAGCAAGGGACAGUCCGAGGCUGCCCACGCACUGGGACUGCGGCAGGGGCAGAACCUGCGGCUUGUCGUCAUCCCGCAGGCGCUGCGGAUCAUCAUUCCGCCGCUCACCAGCCAAUAUCUCAACCUGACCAAGAAUUCGUCGCUCGCGGUCGCGAUCGCCUAUCCCGAGCUGACGUCCGUGUUUGCCGGAACGGCACUGAACCAGACCGGUCAGGCGGUCGAGAUCAUCUCGAUCACCAUGCUGACCUAUCUGACCUUCUCGCUGCUGACCUCGGCAUUCAUGAACUGGUACAAUGCGCGCGUGGCGCUGGUGAACGUCGGUCCCGCAACGGCGUUCGUCCGCGGCAAGAUGCUGGCCGAGCAGGCCGCCCCUUCCGUCAGUCGCGGCCCCGUCGGCUGGAUGCGCGAGCACCUGUUUCCGAGCGUCCCACAGACAAUCCUCACGCUGGUCUGUAUCUAUGUGCUCUAUCUGAUCGUUCCGCCGAUCGCCAAUUUCAUGGUCUUCGAUGCCGUCUGGUCGGGUACCGACCGGACCGCAUGCGCGACCGAGGCGCAGGGCGGCGUUCAGCCCAAUGGAUGGUUCGGCGCGUGCUGGGCCUAUGUCGGCGCCUACAUGAACCAGUUCAUCUAUGGCCGCUAUCCGGACGAGGAGCAGUGGCGUGUGAACAUCGUCUGGCUGAUGUUCUUCGGUGGGCUGAUCCCGCUCCUGAUGCCGUCGCUUCCGUUCAAGCGCGAGAACAUCGCCUUCAUGGUGCUGGCCUUCCCGGUGAUCACGCUGAUCCUGCUGACCGGCGGCAAUUUCGAUGUAAUUGGCACCUAUCUGCCGCUUGCCAUCCUCACCGUGCUGGCGCUGGCAGUGGCCUACGGCUUUGCCAGGGGAUCGCAAUCCGACCCGAUGCCGGGGCUGAAGGCCACGGCGGUCAUAUUCGCCAGCCUGUUCGUGAUCGUCGCGGUGCUCGGCAUCGACUUCGGCCUCGAACGGGUGCGGACCGACGUCUGGGGCGGACUGCUCGUGACGAUGGUGAUUGCCGUCACCGGCAUCGCCGCAUCGCUGCCGAUCGGCAUCGCGCUGGCGCUAGGGCGCCGGUCCGACAUGCCGAUCGUCCGCUUCAUCUGCAUCGUCUUCAUCGAGUUCUGGCGCGGCGUGCCGCUGAUCACCGUCCUGUUCAUGUCCUCGGUCAUGCUGCCGCUGUUCCUGCCCGAGGGCGUGACCUUCGACAAGUUGCUCAGGGCGCUGAUCGGCGUGGCGCUGUUCUCGUCGGCCUACAUGGCCGAGGUGGUGCGCGGCGGGCUUCAGGCGCUGCCCAAGGGCCAGUAUGAGGGCGCGAUGGCGCUCGGUCUCAACUGGGGCCAGAUGAUGCGCAUGAUCAUCCUGCCGCAGGCGCUCAAGCUGGUCAUUCCCGGCAUCGUCAAUACCUUCAUCGGCCUGUUCAAGGACACCACGCUGGUGCUGAUCAUCGGACUGUUCGACUUCCUUGGCAUCAUCCGGUCUUCGACGAGCGAUGCGACGUGGGCGACGCCGGUACAGAGCAUUACCGGUCUGAUCUUCGCCUCGAUCAUCUAUUUCCUCUUCUGUUUCGGCAUGUCCCGCUACUCCAUGUACAUGGAGCAGCGAGCCGCCUUCAUGAGCGCAAACGCCGUCAAACCCGAUGAAAUCCAUGUCGACCGGUCCAGGAUGCAGGUGUCGGAGACCGAUGUCGCCGUCGAGAUCAACGACAUGCACAAAUGGUAUGGCGAAUUCCAUGUCCUGCGCGACAUCAAUCUGAAGGUGAUGCGCGGUGAGCGGAUCGUCGGCAUGGUGUUCCAGCACUUCAACCUGUUCCCGCAUCUGACGAUUCUCGAGAACUGCACGCUGGCGCCGAUCUGGGUGCGCAAGAUGCCCAAGAAGGAAGCCGAGGAGCGGGCAAUGCAUUUCCUGACGCGGGUCAAGAUCCCCGAGCAGGCCCAGAAAUACCCCGGCCAGCUCUCGGGCGGCCAGCAACAGCGCGUGGCGAUCGCGCGCUCUCUGUGCAUGAACCCGCGCAUCAUGCUGUUCGACGAGCCGACAUCGGCGCUCGAUCCGGAGAUGAUCAAGGAGGUGCUGGACACGAUGGUCGGCCUUGCAGAGGAAGGCAUGACCAUGCUGUGCGUCACCCACGAGAUGGGCUUCGCCCGCCAGGUGGCCAACCGCGUCAUCUUCAUGGACCAGGGCCAGAUCGUCGAGCAGAACGAGCCCGAUCCAUUCUUCGACAAUCCGCAGCACGAGCGGACAAAGGAAUUCCUCAGCCAGAUCCUGCACUGA